CCCCUCCUCCUUUCCCUAAACACAAACUUCCUCUCUCAUCCCUACUCUUUCCGCAGCUGGAAGCAUUUCAAGGGGUACACACUGACGAUGCUGCAUAAUUUAUACCAUUAGCUUGCACAACUCCGAUCACAUAGGCAACAUGGGGCCAAAGAGAGGCCACGUGGGCGACAAGGCGCCGUGGAUGGUUGCUGCUGCUGCUGCUGGGCUCAUUACUGCGCGGACUCAACAUCUCUGCACAGUGACCACGACAGACGGACCUCGUCCUCGGAGCCAGCAAGUUCUGUUGGUGCCAUUGGUCCUGAGAGAUUUUUGGUUCAGCAAGUGCUAAAGCAGGAGCUCAAUGGCCAACAACACUUCGUCUGAGAUAAAAACAGCCUCGUGUGGUUUAGUUCUGGCACUGGUCCUGUCGGCAUCGUGUGUCCUCCUUCACAUGCAAUGUGUGGCCACAGUGGGAGGAGGCAGCCGACCUGGGCACGACCCUCACUAGCAGCCUCCUGGCGCUGAAGAUGCUCCAACCAGUCCCAGGUCAUCAGCCAACCUCGCGGCUCCUGGAUCUCGUGACAUCAUCGGCUUUGGUCGGUGUCCUGUCAGGAGCCGUCCUACAUCCGGUCAAAGCGAUGUCGCCGGUGGACGAACUGAUUGCAAACAUGUCGACCUGGAAUCUGACGUCAGAGGAAUUUUUCCAGAAGAAGCUGCUCAUCUUACACAGACGAUACUGCUUUUCAUCGAGGCUGUGUUUUCUGAAUCUUCCUGCUGACAGCUGCGACUACUGCGCCCCCUGCCAGUGCGACGACGACUGUCAUCACUACAGCGACUGUUGUCCGGAUAAACUUUUCCUAAAUGUUGACGAGGUACCCCCACUGAAUCUGAAGUUGGGAUGUAGAGACAACCUCUAUGUGGACUACCCACCAUCUCGGCGUGAAACCCUGUUGGUCAACGCCAGCAGCUACUUCAUGAAGGACAGCUGCCCACCCGCGACACCCGCUACUCUGGCUGCCAACUGUCGCAACAACGUCGACUACCUCCCCGUGUCCGUGUUGACCAACAAGUCUGGACACGGCAACCUCGCGGUCACGGUGUUUCCCAGCAAACACUGCGCAGCCUGCAACGGCUUCGAAGAAGAGGACAUGGUCGUUUGGAAGGUGCUGGUCGGGUGCAAAUCUGGAGAGAAUCGUACCCUAAAGGACGGCUUGAUGUCGUUGGUGACCCAAGCUGUAGAAGACCCAGACUGCAUCCUCACUUACCACCCUCCCCGCGACCUCCCGCUUGUGCGCACGUGCCACUCUCCUAGCGACAUGGUGACGUCAUGCAACGUGACGGGCGCGUGGUCCGGCAGCAGUGACGCAGAGUUCCUGCAGCGGGCCUGCGCUGCGUACCUUGAUCCCAAAGUUUCGGAGAACCGGACGUUCCAGAACGUCUUUUGCUACCUGUGCAACUUCGAUGAUCCCAAGCCUUUCCACAGAUGCUGGCGCAGUCCACAGAUGGCCGUCAUGCCCUUCUCUGCUCUUCUCGACUUCAGUGAUGUCAUCUUUGGACGAGUGGACAGAAGUGCUCUGUGUCAAAGUGACCAAGUGUAUGACGAGGAAAAGGAUCUUUGUCGUCCUGUUCGCUGUUCUCGGGUCGCCAGUAUGUCCGAGAAAACUGUGUCCCUGUCCUGUCCAGCGGCCUGGGACUUGCGUACACCUUGUACUUCGACAUCUACCUCGACACUCACCUGACCCUGACACAGGAUGUCGUGCGCGAUUUUCCCGUCAUGCUCCAGAGCUACCUGUUGCUGAAUAUUCUCAAGUUAAAAGUCCGCUUCACGGAGUUCGUGGUUGUGUUCGACACGACUGACGAGAACAGCACCUGCUCCGCCAACACCAGCUUCCUGGCGUUGUUCAGUACCCUGGUGGUCACACGGGAAGCGUCGGUGGCCAGGAUCGAGUCUCAGUUGCUCUCUUUGCGCAACACCACCUUAUCUUUUGGGUUUCGGGACCAGACCCUGCUGCUGACGUCACGCCCCAAUGAACGUGUGUGGCUGAACCACUUCCGACACAGCAAAAAAGGCGGCGCGUGUACGGUGUCGGUCUCCAUCCCCCUCCCAGUCGUUGGCGGCGAUGAAACGCUGGUCUACACCAGGGUCAACGACCUCUUGCCGCUUCCACAGAUGGCGCUCUUUGCAGGAUGAAUACAACGUCGACAUGGCAACACUAGAGCUGGCUGUGCCCUGGCUCCAGGAGGAGAUAACUCUCGAAAGGUAUCAGACGUCUUCUGACGGCUCUGUUCUCAUUCUUCUGAAUGAUUUUCUGCCGAAAGUUUCAGCCUACAAUGGCAGACACAACGAUAUGGCUAUGGAGGAAGCGGAAGUGAUUAUCUCCCUUGUGUGCACGUCGCUGUCGCUGGUGGGGCUGUCCUUGACGUUUGUGACGUAUGCAGCCUUCAAAUCCCUGCAGACAGCUCCUGGAAAAAACAACAUGAAUCUCGCAGCCUCACUCUUCUUGGCGCAGCUGUUCUAUUUGACGGGCUCCAGAAGGACAGAGAUUCCUGGCGUGUGUCAGGCGCUUGCCAUCCUGAUCCACUAUUUCUGGCUGGCGGCUUUCUGCGCCAUGUUUCGUCUGCUCCUACCACAUGUGGCGGGUCUUCACUUCCCUCCGCGUCGCCCACGACAACUACGACAGCGCCGAGCGUCGCCGCCAGCUGCUGCAGUACGCCGUGGUGGUGUGGGGUGGCGCUGCCGUCGUGGUGUUGCUGACCCUCCUCUCGCACAUCGUGGCGACUGGUGGCGUCAGCAUAGGUUACGGCGGGAGGUACUGCUACCUGUCGACUGCGCUGGGUGUGGCGGCGGCGGUGGGGGUGCCGGUGGCCAUCAUGGUCACGUGCAACUUGACCUUCUUCGCCCUGGCGGUGCGGGCCAUCCGUGCGGCGCCUAAACUUCAAAAGUCUCGGGAAGACGAGCGACACGUGUGGGUAUACAUGAAACUGUCGUCUCUCACUGGUCUCACGUGGGCGCUGGCUUUCGUCGCCUUUACCACAGAGGUUCCAUAUCUCCGUCUCAUCUUCACCGUCGUCAACUCGCUGCAGGGUAUCUUCAUCUUUCUUUCCUUCAUCGUCAACCGCCGUGUGAUGGCGCUGUACGUGACCUGCAUGACGGGAACCCCACAAGCAUCUUCUUCACACUGGUUCUGGUCUGACGUCCUCAUCCAGCGACACCAAGACCACAACCUCCAUCAUCUCGUACUCCAGCAACUUGGCAGCGGAUGUCGCAGUAGUAGAAGACAAACUGUAAUAACGGACAGCGGAAGUUUUUCUCCUUCACACAGGCCAUCAACAGGUGUAUUCGACCCGAACAGAUCACGAAUUAAAAAUGGAUUGUUAAAGCCUAGGUUUAACGAAAGAUUUUAUAGAAAAAGUCGCAUUUAAUUACUGCUAUUUCCAGCAAAUUAUUAUUAUUGUUAUUAUUAGUUGAAAAUACACGAUUAAGUCCGCAUGCCUAAACAUUCUGUUGGCUGUCGCUCGGGAGUUUAGGUCUUACGACGAAAUCAUUUUUAUUUGACACAAGAUUGCAGUUCAUGUCUUGGAAAAUAAAGGACUUGUGAACCAAU